AUGGAUACGAUUAUUAUCAGCCCGGAGUUACCUCCGAACGAUGUUUUACUCCUGCGGAACCUUGCCGAGGAUAUCAAACAAUACCAAGAAAAUCGGUCCGGUCCGUCUAACAAAGAUGCCGUUACGGCACCCGGCAAAGAGCCCGUUAAUGGAGAUCACGUUGAAGGCAACGGGCCUGAUGACCUCUCCUCGACUGUCCGUUACCAACGCGACAACAUCUGGCAUUUUCUCCACUACGUUGGACGUUUCUAUUUCUUGGUCUGGUUGGACUUACCCUUGUACUUCUUCCGGAAAGAUCGUCUUACGUUCGCAUUAAAGACGGCAUUUUGGGAGCUAUCCAGCUAUUCUAUGCUCCUAAUUCUAUUUCGGCUGAAUAGUCGUCCAGCAUUCUUCGUAUUUUUGCUCCCAUUCAUGUUGCUUCGCUUAGGACUCAUGGUGGGCAACUGGGGUCAGCACGCCCUUGUGGAUGCCGACGAGCCCGACUCUGACUACCGAUCCAGCAUUACCUUGAUAGACGUUCCCAGCAAUAGAUAUUGCUUCAAUGACGGAUACCACACGUCGCAUCAUCUAAACCCUCUUCGGCACUGGCGCGAACACCCCGUGCACUUCCUAGCCAACAAGCAGACCUACAGCGCGGAACACGCGCUCGUCUUCCACAAUAUAGACUACCUAGAGAUAACGGUGCGAUUGCUGCUCCACCAUUAUGAGCAUCUAGCACGGUGCAUGGUACCGAUCGGGGAAAAGCAGAUCGCCAUGACUAUCGAGCAGCGCGCCGCCUUGCUCAAGCGCUGCACGCGACGUUUCACCGAGGAGGAGAUUAAGGAAAAGUUUGGGGCGCCUGUUAAGUUGGCGUCUAAGACUAAACCUUACCCCGAGUUUAGUCGUCUAUCCGCAUCCAGAUCCAGCGGUCUGGCAUCGAGAAUCAUGGCUUCGGCAGAUGAGCGGAAUUCGAGAACUAUACAUACAGCGGCUUGCUUAAUCAUUGGCGAUGAAGUUCUUGGGGGAAAGACAACUGAUACAAAUUCUGCUUAUAUGGCGAAGUGGUGUUUUUCUCUAGGCAUGAACUUAAAGAGAGUCGAGGUUAUUGAAGACGACGAGGAUGAGAUCGUAGAAGCGGUACGAAGAAUGAGUGACCGCUAUGAUUUUGUCGUGACAAGUGGUGGCAUAGGACCGACACACGACGAUAUCACUUACCAAUCCAUCGCCAAGGCAUUCGACUUGAAACUCAUAUUGCACGAAGAGGCAUAUGAACGAAUGAAGAAACUUACCAAGCCAAGCAAGUCUCAUCCGAAUUUCAGUUGGGAUGUAGAAUCCCCAGCCAAAACUGCACGGCUUAGGAUGGUCUACUUACCCAUUGACGAGUCACGCGACCUGGCAAAACAGGCCUUAUUUCCACGUGACGAUCUCUGGGUUCCUAUUUCCGUGGUAAACGGGAAUAUUCAUAUUCUCCCAGGUGUACCAAGGUUGUUCGAAAGCCUUUUGCAAGGUCUCAAACCGUUCAUAGUCGACCGACUAGUAGAUCCCGAGGGCAAAGGAAUUUUCAGAGCUAUCAUCUCUACGCCGAUGGGUGAGAGCGCUAUUGCCGGUUACCUCACCGAUUUGGCAGAUAGAGUCGCGCAUAAGGGUGUGAAAGUCGGAAGCUAUCCUCGAUGGGGGAAGAAGAACAACACGGUUACUCUGGUCGGAAGGGACAAGGAGUAUAUCGAGAGUUUAGUACCGGAGGUUGUGCAGAAAGUCCAAGGAAAGCGAGUUCAGAAUGAGGGAGAGGAUGAUGAGCCGGAGGUCGUAGCUUCGACAGCCACCUAG